AUGUUCUACGGGCUUCGCGCCCUCUGGUCUCAAUCCUUCCGAUUGCCCACCCCGUCGCUCACGGAGAAGAACCUCCCCGAUCAAGCCGGCAAAGUCUAUAUAAUUACCGGGAGCAAUACUGGAGUUGGAUAUCAAGUUGCGAGCAUCCUUUACGCACACAAUGCCAAAGUCUACAUAGCCGCACGCACAGAGUCAAAGGCUCUAGCAGCCAUCGACUCCAUCAAGGAGCAACAUCCCAAGUCUCAAGGCAGACUGGAAUACCUGUCUCUGGACCUGUCCGACCUGAGCACCAUCAAAGCAAGUGCUGAGGAUUUUCUGUCCCGCGAAGACAAGUUACAUUGGCUGGACAACAAUGCUGGCGUGAUGAUCCCUCCGCUAGGCUCCAAGGGCUCCCAGGGCAUGGAUCUGACGUACCAAACAAACAUCCUUGGCCCAUUCCUAUUUACAAAGCUGCUCCUCCCCAUCCUGAAGCGCACAGCAGAGGGUGAACCCAAGGGCACCGUGAGGGUCAGUUGGGCGGGCAGCCUUGCCGUGGAUCUACAGAGUCCGAAGGGCGGUGUGAGAUGGAAGAAGGGCGCAGAUGGAAAGGAGACAUUGGAUGAUGGAAACAGCAAUCCCUUCACAUAUGGUGUUAGCAAGGCGGCAAAUUAUUUCUUUGCGACCGAGUUUGGGAAACGAUUUGGUGAGAAAGAUGGAGUUUUACACAACGCAUAUAACCCUGGCAAUCUCGCAUCCGACCUCCAACGGCACAUGGACGACCAAUACCCGUCCUGGGCACGACGGUUCUUGCACUUCCUCCUCUAUCCAGUCGUUUUCGGCGCCUACACCGAGAUCUACGCGGGUCUGUCGCCCGACCUGACGUUGGAGAAGGACCAGGGCGCCUAUAUCAUCCCAUGGGGCCGCAAAGGGUCAGUCCGCCCGGACUUGGUUGCGGAAGCCAAGAAGGAGAACGGGGAGGCCAAGAAGUUGGUCGACUGGUGUGAGGAGGUCACGAAGGAGUUUGCGUAG